AUGGCGGAUUCGAGUGCAGAACCGACCGGUGGUUCUUCGGGCUCAGUGGGUUCUGAUGGGAACGUUACCCAGAUUCAGCCGAUCCGGAUGCCAACCAUGGAGGAGAUCCGAGCGCAAGAGCUUUGGAACAACUGCGCCGUUAAAAGUGUAGCUAGUGGAGUCAUGGGAGGAGGGCUUGGUCUGAUGAUGGGUUUGUUCUUGGGAGCAUUGGAUAAUCCUAUAAUGCAAGAUACGAUGACUGCUAGGCAGCAGUUUGUGUUCACAGCAAAACAAAUGGGGCAAAGGAGUUGGGGUUCUUGUAAGAUGUUUGCGGUUAUGGGUCUGGUUUUCUCCGCAGCAGAAUGCGUUGUCGAGAAGGCAAGAGCAAAGCAUGACAUAACAAACUCCGCUGUUGCUGGAUGUGUGACUGGUGGUGCAAUGUCUGCCCGAGGUGGGCCAAAAGCUGCGUGUAUAGGUUGUGCUGGCUUUGCAGCUUUCUCCGUAGCCAUAGAGAAGUUUUUGGAUGGGCGUUUCUAA